AUGCGCCUCAGUUACCAUGAUAUUCAUUUCAUGCUUUUCCAAACAUCUACGUUAACUCUCAUGGUCAUGGCUUCGUCUACCACUACCAAACCCAUCACUACUCCUCCCACAUUCCAGCCCCACCGUCACCACCGUAAAAAAGGCAAGAUCAUCGUCAUCAUGGGUGCCAGCGGCACCGGAAAUUCCAGCCUAUCUAUAGAUCUCGACACCGGGUAUUUCCCUUCUGAAAUAAAAAAUUCGGAAAAAAUGCAAGUCUACAAGAGUCUUGUUCUCACCACCAACAAGAUUUAUCUGCAUGAACGUCAAAACAUUAUCCACCACCUUCUCGGCGAGUUCGACUGGCAGGACGGCGAGUUGACUCCCGUCGAGUUCUGCCACCUCGCUUACUUGACAGUCUUCGAUAUUAACUCCUGUAAAAUAACACCCUUUAUCGCCGGCGGCUUCAACUCCUUCAUUUAUGCAUUACUUGUCAAAGAGGAGCAUAAGCGUUAUCCAGCCCAAAAUUCUGUAUCAGCUGCCCAGCAAAUUCUUCUUCCUUCAGGUCUUUCUUUCUCUUUACUUGGCAAUUAA